AAAUUAAAAAUUGCCAACAGAAGGGAACAAACUUUGAUACCGAAAAUUGUCGAAUUAUGUGCAACCGAAAUAGAACGCAGAGGUACCAACGAACUGGGUAUUUAUAGAGUAUCCGGCUGCAAAAAUGACGUAAUCAAGUUGAAAAAUACAAUUGACAGCAGCAUGGUUCACGCCGAACUGUUGCUAAAGAAAGCCGAUGUGAAUGAUGUGACGAGUCUGUUGAAACUUUUCCUCAGAGAACUGCCCGAAGCCUUGUUCGGGGAUGAACACUAUAACGAUUAUAUGAAAAUGGAUGAAAUAUCGGACCCGACUGAAAGGGAUAAGAAGUACAAAUCCCUAUUUAAAAAGCUUCCACCGUGCAACGCUCUGACUGCUCUCUUCAUUAUGAACCACCUCAUCAAAAUGUCCAAGCACAGCAGCGCUACAAAAAUGCCCCUUGACAAUAUGGCGGUCAUUUUCGGACCGACACUUUUGAAACCGGCCAUCAACGCAGGCCAGGCGACGAGUGACUACGACAAAAUGGCAGAAGAGUCAGACGAGAUUUUCAAACAGAAAUCAGUUUUACUCUACUACCUA